AAAAUUUAUGAAUCUCAAUUUUAUCAGAGCAGUAUGAUCAAUAUAUUGUUUUUGAGUUCUGAAAGUGACGUCAUAACAUAAUUUCCUUAUAUCUUCAAAAUGUGAUUUAAUGCACAUCAAUUGAAAGCCUUGCUCGCAGUGAGUGGAAUGGUGUGUUACUUCUGUGAUUAAGACAUACCUGUCUCAAAUUAUGGUACCAAAUCAUUUUACAGGUACCAAAUUUAUGAUGUCAUUUCCGGUCAACGCCCACCAAAAAUCAAAAUUUUACCCGGGCUCAUUUUGCACAGUGUUCUAUAAAAUGUCAAAACAACUUUAAAAACAAGGUAACUAAAGUAAAAGUUGUCACGGACCGUAGAUUUCGACCCAACCAUUGUCACUAUCGGUCCAAACAAAGUGGUCCGAUGGCAAGCCAAACAGCUUGCAAGAUGGCGCGAAAUGUACAGUAUUUGGUGUUGUUGCUGUGUUCACUUGCGGAACAACACUAAACAUGUCCUGCGUAGCCCUGUGUGUAACCGGCCAAGAACUUGCACUUUUGUGGAGGUAUUAUCAAGAUAAUAGUUUCUUUCGAGCAUUACUAAGUAUAUUUGAUGGAUUAUUUUGACUGAAGACCAAAGAAUCCAGAUGUCUCAUUCUCUGCAAGUCUUGUUAGAACAUCUUCAGGACAUACUGAAGAGAGAUUUCAUUGGGAGAAGUGUAGAAGCUUCAAAUGUUGUCAGCGACAUUGCUUCUCAUUGUCAAGAUUUCAUUACAGUUGCUGACAUUGAAUACAGCACUUCUCUUCUUUUUAACAAUGAAUUUGGUGUUCUUACAUUCAUCAACACAACUGUUCAGCUUAAAGAGUUUGAGAAUCCAAAAGCUGAUUUGCUUACAUUCCUAUUAGUAUAUUUGGAAAAAAUUGGCGACAGCAUCUUACCGCAUGUAAAGUCAAUCCAGGAUGCCUGUCUCCUGGUUGUCACCAGGGAUCCUUCAAGCAAGGUUAAAGUUGAAGGUUUUAAUAUUCUAACUCAGCUUCUCCAGUCUAGCAACAAGGAUAUACAACAAAGACUUGAUGUUCCUGUAUUGGCAGAAAAAUUAUUUGCACUUUGCUUGCAAAGCACAAGAGAAGCAUCUGGAGUUCGAGGUGCACUUUUCAAUAUAAAUGGAGUUAUCGCGGAAAAAUUCCCCGAACACUCAACUAGCAAUGCUGAGCGGUUUGGCACGAUAUGCCUUAAAACACUAAAGCAACAGAUGGUCGUUUCAAAGAAGCCUGAGUUUCUGGUAAUUGGGGGUUGCCUGCGUGGAUUGGCUGGCUACCUUGUCAAUUUCACACAAUCAAUGGAGGAAGGGUCAAAAAGCAUAGAUGACCUCUUUUGCUACACAAAGAUGGCCAUAAACCCGAAGGUUGAGCUUUCAAAGUAUGAAGUACCCAAAGCCGCCCUGUGUUUGCUAGAAAAGCAUGCAGUUCUCUUUCGUCAGCAAAUCACAGAUGACUGGGAGCCACUUUAUGACACGCUCUGUUUUUGGAGCAAGCAUAGUAACAAAGAUAUGAAAAUCGCUGGAUUGAAGGCUUGGGAUUCCUGCUUGAAAGAGAUAUCUCAAUGCAUUGUAAGGCAUCCAAAGAAAACAGAAUCCAUUCAAAUACUAACGACCCUUCUCAGAGAUUUUCAUGGGAAGUUGAAUGCCGAAUCAUCAGAUCCUAAAGAGCUUUCAUUGGCUGUUAAAGGCUUUGGGAUGUUUGCCAAGGCUUGCAAAAUGUUGCUGAGUGAAACUGAUGUCAAACUUUUAUUUGAUGAAAUAAUGAAUAAAAGUCAACAUUUGUUUUCAAACAUUGAAUAUCUUUCCGACGAAACCCUACAGUAUUUGCCAACAUUUCUAGAGGCUCUGGCCAAGAUUUUACAGCAAAUUAAGGAGGUUUCUGCUGUCCACUUGGUCCCGAUGGAAAGAAUGGUGGUUAUUCUGUUUGAAAAUUAUCCAAAACUUGGCAAAGGAGGGAUGUUUGUAUUCGAGAAAAGUUUAACCCAUUUUAUACGUGCACUGAGCAAUAACACGUCCAUAUUCAAAGUCUGUUUGUCAGAAAUUGUUUAUCAGGGUUUGAUCAGGACCUGCUCUCACCCAGUUGUGACAGAAGAGGGUAUUGGACAAGAAGAAGCUGUUUCCACUGUCACAAAUUCCGAUGACGUGUCUUUUCGCAGUUUUGUCAACCUAUGGGUCGCCUUGUUAUGCGAGAAAAACUACAGAAGUUUGCUUGAGGACUGCACAAAAUCAAAAUCUUUGAAAGAAAAUGUUUACGAUGAAUUAAUGCAAUCAGUUCUGUUAAUUGCUAAGAAACUGAAUCUAAGCACACAGAAGACUGGUUCUGGGAUUGAAGACCAGACUCUUCAACCAAGUUCAGACCCGAUGACUGGUCUUGUUGCAAACGUUCCGAAGGAUUUCCAGAUUUUCAUCAAUCUAGUGGAAUUUUGCAGAGUUAUUUUGUUUCGAUCAGAUACCAGUUCGUUUUCAAGAUGGAUUCCUAUUUAUGUAAAAGAAUUUAUCACUCUAUCAGCUAGAUAUCCCCUUGUCAGUGGUUUUUAUAAGCUCCUGGAGAUUGCUGGUAAAAUAUGUUCCGAUCUCAGUUUCUUUCAGGGUAUGACUGUGGAUCCAGAUGAUUUGACUGAAAAGAGAACGACAUUUUUACUCCUUGGAAAGUUCGUCAAAAACGUAUUGAGCCGCGUUUCCCAAUUCACAGAUGACCUGCUUUCAUCCUGUCUUCAGUUUGUUCUUAGUUUGCCUAUAGAAAUUGUUGAGACGAACGUCGAGAGUUUCGCAAAGCCUUUACAGCUUGCGUUAAAACUUGGCCUUAGCCAUCAUCCACUUGCUGUCACUGCUUUAAAUGCUCUAGAGUUCUGGCAAGGAAAUUUGCAAUCAUGGAAAACAAGAAAGUUAUUGACAGACGUUUUGCCAUACUUUGAUGGAUAUUUGCAGAUCUCUUCUGAUAAGUCAGGGAAUGUGGAAGACAAAGACGACGUAAUAGUCUUUAAUCGGUCAACAAAUUCUAGGCGAAACAGAGUUCCAAUUAAGCUCCUUAGAGCACUGAGAGAUGCUGACAAGAUUUCAGAGUCCCCAAUUAGUCAGUUUAGAUCACGUGUUGUGCAAUUUCUUGGAAAUCUAGGCGGAAGCAUGAAUAUUGAUAUUAUCAAAGAGGGGCGGAUCGCUGAUCCAUCUCGCGCGAUUGCCUGGGAUACAGAUACUCACCUUUCUUUUGGUUUGCCAUUUUGGGACAUGAAGCCUACCAUCUACCUUGAUACAUUUUUGCCACGAGUGAUCGAGCUCGCUACCGUUUCCAGUGAUAGACAAACAAAGGUGGUUGCUUGUGAGCUCUUACAUGCAUUGACUCUCUUUAUACUUGGUAAAAGUACACAGCAAGCAAACCAGAUGUCCAGAAAGGAAGGGAUGGAAGGGAUUUACAAGCACCUCUUUCCUGCUCUGCUUAAACUUGGCUGUGACAUUGAACAGGUUGCUGAACAACUCUUUAGGCCAUUGGUUUUUCAAAUGAUCCACUGGUUUACAAGCAGCCCUUCGAAAACAGAGAGUCAGGACACAGUAAUUCUGCUUGACACAAUAAUGAAUGGACUUGUUAGCCAAGAUAACAGCGCAUUACGAGAUUUUUCAGCCAAAUGCAUCAGAGAAUUCUUGGAAUGGUCAAUUAAACAUACGAAGAUCAAACAUUUAGACAAAUCGGCAGUUAACCCUAAGGCAAUGUUCAAGAGGAUCUAUAGCAUGGCUUCACAUCCGAAUGUUUACAAAAGACUAGGCGCUGCCAUGGCUUUUAACAGUAUUUAUGUUACCUUCAGAGAACAUGACGAACUAGUUGACGCUUAUGCGCUAGAGCUACUGACCGUUUUUGUUGAAAGUUUGGGAAUGGCUCACAGUGACGAACCCGGCAUGGGAACUGUUGACCAAUGUAAGGAUGCAAUUAAUCACUUGGAACGAAUAAUCAAGCAGAAAUCCAAAAUUUUCUUCAAAAGCAGUAAAAAUCGUCGCAUACCAGUAGCCCUCAAAGAGGUUGAUCAACAUUUGACUCUUGAUCAUGUGUUUGUUUGGCUACUUCGGCAAUGCGGAUCUCCAAAAACGGAGUGCAGGCAUAAAUGUAUGGAGCUGCUAUUCACACUGUUGCCCACAAGACCUGGCGUUUCUCAUGCUAGAGUCUGGUUUGAAAAUACUGUCAAGUCGGAUGGGAAUUAUUUCUUAAUUGACAGAUUCGAAAAAUAUGGCCAAAUGAAGCUGUGUGCAGACAUCACAAAAAUGGCAUCGACGCAAAGCUUUCAUCUAAGAGAUUUGAUUGGCUGGUACGAGCGAUACUUAGCCUCCCUUGAUUGCUACACUUGGAUAGCAAGCUUGCAGCUAGUGAAACCUGGUCCCCUUUUGCUUGACCCAAGCAGUGUGAUGUUAGCGACUCUAGUGUAUCUUAUCAAGGAGCUGGCUUUUGAGGAUUUAGAGUCAGCUAUGAUGAAAUGUUUUAGAGCUGGAAAAAAGUCAGAGACACACAUUUUAACACCGAUGGAUAAGGAUUUGUACAACAGGUCAAAAUGCACAGCAAUCGUCCGUACUCUUGAUUUUUUAACAACAACCUUAGCAGCUGGAAUAUGGAAAAGCAAAGAGUUUGAGGGACAAGCUUUCAAUGUAUUUUCGAAGGAAUUGCAUUUGGUUAUUUGCAAAUGUAUCCUAGAGCCGGAAUCAAUAGGUUUUGAUAUUGCCGAUCUUGAUGUUUUGCAAAAACUUCCAGAACAAAUGCUGUCAUUGUGUUUGAAUAUGAAAACAGGAUUGCCUUCACGCCAGUUUGAAGAUUUUGUUAAGACUAUUGGCUCGCAAAUUUCCAAAGAAAGGUACGAUGUUACUAUGCACUUGCCUUUGGAUUUGAGAAGUAACACAUUAGAAGGGAACGAGAAGUUCUUAAGCGUACAACAAUUAACUGCUGGUUAUCAGUUGCUCAGAAAUGCUAGCCUACUUGAGCUUUGUAUGAAACCACAGGAAAUCAAAUCACUCAAUUCAGAACUGAUGUCCAACGUACUCAAUGGCCUGCUACCUCUAUCCGGGAGUGAUAAUACGUCAGUUAAUCCAUCGCAGAAAAGACUUGCUGAAUCGAUGCUGCAAUUAGCUCUUCAAAUUGAAUCGGAGCCGGAAUCUUUGGUGGAAAUCCUGCUCGAUACGAAACCAGUUCAAAGUCACCAAGCUACUGUGAAUCUUUCUCCAAGAGGUGUUGUUUUCUACGGGCUAUUUAGAUCUGUUGUCAACGAAUACAUCACUCAUGGAAAUGCAUCUUUUGUUUCUCAUCUCAUCACGAGAGGACAGCCUAGCCAUCAAAACUUGCCUGUCAUUUUGCAAGGGAUCGUGGAACACGUUUCCAGGGAUAUGAAAAAGAGAGGAGAGCAGAAAGCCUUAAAAAGUGAUGCUGCCUCGGUUUUUAAUGAAGUACUUGUGAACUGGAUGAAUAUAUGCACAUGGUGGAGAUCCGAUUCGACCAUUGAACGAAAAGUUGCAGUCUUAGCUCUUCUUAGAUGUCUGUUGAUCAUCAACCCUCAAGAAACUCUUCGAUCGUCAGGCUCCAAUGCUUCUCCCACUUUGGCCUGCUUUUUGCAGUUACUGUCCGACACAAACACGGGACUGGCUUUUAAGGGACAAAUGUUUGAAUUGUUGCCACAGCUUUUAGAGGGUCUUGAUGAGGACAAAAGAUCUAUCGUGAGCGACGCAUUAAAACGAUUUAUGGCGACAUUCUUUCCCCUCUGCUCUGAUGACUUGAAAAAAGGUGGGGCAAAGUAUGGGGAGUAUAUUGGCUGUUUGCAGAAGCUUUUCAGAAGCCUUAUUGCCUCAUCCAGCCAUGUCCUACUGGACACACUUCUUGCAAUAACGGUUCGUGAAACAGAUGAUGUCACUGACAAAAUCAUUUCACCAUCUCUGAAAAUGUAUUUUGAAAGACUGAACAGGAAAGAGGCAGAACAUUCAUUGAAUUUGUGUUUCAACGUGAUGGUAGACGCAGAGAAAUAUCCAAACAGUAUUCGCAGAGGUGUCAUGGAUCGUGUUUUGUUUUUGGCGAUCCGAAAUGUUGAAGUCAGUGUGGUGAAAGCAUUUUUUAAAGGGAACAUGAAAGCCAUUAUGGAGAAAAUUGAAAGCAAGCUCAUAAAGCUCCCAGAGUCUGUGUUCGAGGCACAGCUUGUCACAAAGAUAUGUUGUUUCAAAAUAAUUCAGUCCUUAUUUGUUUUGCUACCUAAAGAUGAGCUGAUGUCAAAAAACUCAGAAAUUGUAAAAUCGUAUGCCCCAGCGACUGAAUCAGGCAAAGAGCUAACAAAAGCAGUUACAAAAGCCGCGCACGCAGCAAGAAGUGAAGACUGUAGAGGGGAAACUAUGCUCAAAGACCUCCGCAGACAGUAUCAUUGUGCCGCGCAAAACGCUCUUUGUGCUGUUAUUGCCAACACGCAAACAGAAGUGCAAUUAUACACUGGCCUUCUUUUUACGGAGAACCCUAUUAAAGGACAAAUGCUUUGGGAAAAUAUCAUUGAUAACGAGAAAGAGUACAGUUUUGAGGCUGAGCAAACAGUUCCAUUCGCACGAAAGAGACAGCUGCAGAUGAUCAGGCGAAAACAAACGACAAAUGAGAACACUGGCGAUGACUUUGAGGAAAGAGGCAUCAUGCCUUAUCUUUCAUCUCAGUAUUUAAUGAACAGUAGCCUGAGCCAAGAACUAAGCCAGUUUGACUUUUCAACACCGAUACAGGCAUAUUCAACUGCCACCAGUGCAGAAUUUUUAAGAUCUCAAUCAAUGAGCCACCGAAAAAACUCAACAGAAGAGGGUGCAGAUGAAUUUUCUACUGGACCGGAAGAGGUUUUGGAAAUGGAUGAAAUUAAUAAGAAUGAAUGCAUGCCGGUUCUAGUGUCACUUUUGAAGCAUAUGAGGGACUCCGGAGUCUACAGUCAUCCUGCUGAAGGUACAGAGGGGCAAGAUAUGCCAUCGUGGAUGAAAUGUCUCGAGAAAAAGAUGAAUUCUGCAGACGCUAGCACAAAUGUGAAGUUGUUUAUUUUGAAGCUUAUCAUCAACGAACCCAAGGUUUUUGAGCCCUAUGGAAAAUUUUGGUUUCCAGUGAUCGUAAAAUUUCUAAUUAGUGGUGAGAUCAAGGGAGCUUGUCUCAAUUAUUUUGUGAUUGACAUAGUCGUGGUGAUGUUAUCCUGGUCAAGCACCUGUAUUCCAGAGGACACACCUGUCGGUCAAAUCCUGGCUAGUAGCCUGCUUGAUUACAUGGUUAAGAAUUGUCAUCACAAUAAUCGGGCAGUUCUGAAAAACAACUUGCAAGUGAUUAAAACCCUUACUAGCGUCUGGAAGGAGCGUCUUACUGUACCAUAUAAACUGGUCUACGAGCAUUUUACUUGUGAAGACAAAAACACAAAGGACAACAUGACUGGUAUCCAACUUCUUGGUGUGUUGAUCACAAAUGGUUUUCCUCCUUAUCUUCCUGGCUGUGGCGUGGAUGAAGACCAAUACUACACAGCCUUGACUCAGAAUGUCAAAUUCAAAUACAAAGAUGUUUUUGCAUCGGCGGCUGAAGUCAUAGGUCUGUCAAUGAAAUUAACUGGCAGUAACAAGGAAUUCCUUGAUUGUCCGUUGUUUAAGAAAGCGUACGAAAGCCUUUUUGACCUGCAAACAGCGCGUCCAGACAGAUUUAUCUUGUGUUUAUAUCGAGUGCACCUGAAUUAUCCCAUCAUUGUGGACAAAUUUAUUGUUAAGUUGCUCUACGUUCUUCCAUCGCUUCAUGGUAUUCUAAAGCAGCAAUGUUUGGAGAUUCUGGCCUCACGAGUGGAGCAUGCUGAAGAACCUCAUGAUAUUUUUAUCGAACUGAAAAACAAAGGCCUUGUAUCAGCUCUCAAUCACAGGGACGAAGGCAUUCAGCUGGCCUCCUUGGCUGCUUUCAACGGCCUAUUAAAGUACCUAAACGCAGAAGAGAUCUUGCCACUUGCUGAUUCUAUUACGAAAUAUAGAUCUUGUAACAGUGUCACGUUGAGGCAAAAGAUGUAUGAUACAUUCAUAUGGAUCUACGAUACCUACAGGGCUGAUGAGCAAACAAUGGAAGACAACACUGCUAUCGAGCUUUUGAAAAUAAGCAAAGAGACACUGCUUAUUGGAAUAAAUGAUAAUAACACAGAAAUAAGCCUUAAAGUUCUCAAUUUCUGGCGGCAUGAAACACGACUUCCGAAAUCUACGAUUGAAAGAUUUAUUGAAAUCCUCAGGGCCUUGUACUCAACAAAAACAGAGAAGGAGUUUUUAAGCUACUCAACAAACCUUCUCCUGCAAUUAACUUCUCUUAGUCCUGACUACAACCUGCCAUUGUUUAGCGAUCCCCUGGAUUCUUCAAAGAGGUUUCAGGAUUACCACGUGAACUUCUCUUGGCAAAGACAAAAAAUAGCAAUGACGCCUUUAUUUGCUGCUUCUCAGACCCAAAGUCAGCCGUUUUCCCAGCUUCAAGAGGCAGAUAGCGUGUCCGUUGGAAUGAUACGAGAAACGCAACAGAAUCUUGAGUUUACUCCAACUCAAGACCAGGGUGACACUGGAAACUGGAUGAAUCCGAGCUUUCAGAUUGGCUCUCAAUCAGUUGCAUCGUCACAAUCCAAUCUUGGCUCCUACUUGUUUGCCUCUCAAAGCGCGUACGUCGGAGCAAAAAGGAGCGAUUUUAACAAAGGUAGACUUGGGGGUCAUUUAAAGGAUAUAAAUGGAAGAAAAGGGGUUGAUGAUGUUGACUCCGGAAGUCCAGAAUCAGUGAAUAAAGGAGAGAUAUUAAAGCUUAAGAGACGGAUAAUGAAGAACCAGGAAAAACAAUCUAAUAUAUAUUUUGCUAUAAAGCAGAGACGAACCCAACAACAGAGGGAAGCAGCUGCGCAGAGACAGAAAGCUGCGAGAGACCACCAGGUAGUCAUGUAUCGAAAAUACAGACUAGGCGAACUUCCUGAUAUUCAGAUCAAACACUCUGAGCUGAUCGUACAAUUACAAGCUGCUGCACAACAUGAUCCGAUUUUAGGAAGGCAACUGUUCGAGAUACUGUUUGCUGCUGUUGUUUCGGAACUGCCGCGGCAACUAACAGAAGAUGUCAGCGAAAAGGCUCAAGCAGACAUCCAGGAAGCAAUUAAUGCGAUGAUCAACAAUUCCGCCGUAUUUUACCCACCUUUUAUCUAUGCUCUCGAAGAUUCCUGUUUCAAAAACGAGGGGCUUAGAAUCGAUGCGUCAUCUGUAUCAACUGCCAGUGCCACAUCCCUACAACAUCCAAUGGGAAUAUUGCUGCUUGAAAAACAGUUGCUUGAAAAAGAACAUGCUGAACCUAAAAGUAAGAGGAAACGUACUGAAUCGAUUCCAAUGGAGGACAUAGUCACGUGGACCGAAUUGGCAAAGCUUUAUAAAUCGAUUGGCUGCUACGACUUUGUACACAGUAUAUUCAGUUCGCAGAUAAGUAAGGAUAAUGACACAAGGCUUGCUCUCGAGGCUGAAGCUAGAAACGACUACGCGCAAGCUCUCAAACUCUACAUCAAGGUAUCGUCAGCUGAACACUGGAAUGGAAAUGGACCUUCUCGCGAGGAAGAGGAAUUCUGGGAUAUUGCAAGACUGGAGUGCUAUGACAAUCUCGGCCAGUGGUCUGAUCUAAGAAGUCUAACCCUCCAAUGUAUAGACGAAGACACUCCUGCAGACAUACUGAAAAUAUGGGAUGACGUAUAUUUGCAGGAGCAGUUUUUGCCUUACUACAUUCGGAGCAACAUCAAGCUGCUUUGUCAUGGCAAAACACAGGAAGUUCAAGGGUUUGACGAAUUCAUCAACCGUUCUUUGAAAACUGACGAGCAGAGAGAGAUUUUAGAAUCCAGAUACUGCAGCGAGCUUGCCCUAGUUAGAAUUCUCCAAGACGAUUUUGGUGGUGCCAUGCAUUAUAUAAAUCUUGGCAUACAAGGUUUCAUUGAAGAAUGGUCUCAUCUAAACUCAUUGAUGCUUGGGAGCAGACUGAAAACCCUCAGCAAACUUCAGUGUUUGUGUGAGAUGAAAGAGUUCGCUGCCUUUUUCUCAAAAAAUGAUGUUCAUAGCCUUUCAUCAGUACACGCCCUUUUAACUCAAUGGUUUAGACGCCUGCCAGACGACAAAGUGCAUUCGAUGUCAAUAUGGGAUGACGUCAUCGCCAAUAGGUGUGUUUAUAUGAAGAAAAUCAAGUACAGGCUACUACAAACUCAAAGAUCAAACGCUGAAGAAAUUAUUGAGCUUCUUGAUGCUGAAGAUUCCAAAAAUACUCUUUUGCUUGCUGAUGUGGCAAGAAAACAGGGGAACUUCGCUGUUGCAAAAAAGUAUUUACGUGACUCAUUUGACUCUACAAUGCGGGAUAAUGCCAAGGAAAAUGGACUUGCUGUUGAUUGGUACCAUGUUUAUUCCAAAGUGGAUUCCGAGCGGUCUAAGUCAUUACAGCCAUUAGAAGCUGUCCCCUCGCUGCUUUCUGUAUUAGAAAAACUGAACACUGUAAAAGCCUGUGCGACAAACGAUACACCAAGGAGUUUGAAAAAUCACCUCUUAGAAAGUUCUACAUUGGACUGUUUAGCUGAAGCCAUCAAUAACCAAGACCAAACCAGUGUUGCAGGGUUUUUUGGUGACAAGCAGCGCGACACUUGUAGAACAAUUUUUGGAAUUGUACCCCCAAUGGACAAGAAACAGUGCAAGGAUUUCUUUCACCAAUAUUCCUACAGUCGACUUCAUUCUGCUCUAUCAUUGUCAAACAAACUUAGCGAAAUUUCUGAAGCAGACAGGAUGCUGUCUGAAAGGGUCAUAAUGAAUAUGGUUAAAUUUUGUGAUAGCCGCCUUAGAGAAGCAGAAGAAGUUGGAGAAGAAGUUGUGAAGCAGUCAGAAUAUGCAAGCACUGUAGUACGUUAUCACAUAAAGGCGAUGUCACUUGAUUCAGCAGAAGGUCGCCAGAGGUUCCCAAGGCUCUUGCAAAUAAUUAGCCGGUAUCCAGAAACUAGGAGCAUAUUUAGAAAAAAGGUUACUACCCUACCAUCUUGGAUGUUCCUGGGUUGGUUGAAUCAAGUUGUGGCAUUGUUGGACAAAAAUGAAAGCGACGCCAUUAUGCCAAUACUUGAGGUAGUUGCUAGGGACUACCCUCAGGCACUGAUGUUCCCCUUGCGCAUAAGCAGUGAACAGUUUUCUUUCGAUGGAACACCAGAAGGGAGGAAGAUGAAGUCUGAUUUUGAAAGGUUGUCGUCUGAGAUUAAAAAUCCACUCUGCGAUGAAUUUAUACAAGCUUUGCAUCAACUGACGAAUCCAGAACAUAUACUCAAGGACUGGUCUGACGACAUGCGUACAUUACUUGAAGUAAAACGAAGAGAUUCAAAUGCAGUAAAACUUUGCUUUAGUGGCAUCUGGGACCAGCUUUUUAAACCGGUAGAUCCUGGUGAAAAAAUAAGAGGUACAAUUAGAAAAAAUUCGUCCAAGGAUUUUAGCAAAAAGAUUCAGACUUUGUUUGGUGAUAAUGGAUCAAAGAUCGUAAACAUGCCUUCAAAGGAUUUUUUGGAUAUUUGCAUUAAACUUUUGGAGGAAAUGAAGAAAACUCGUCGUAGUUACAAUCUGAAAGGUUACUCUCCAUGGUUUUCAACUUUCCAUGAGAAUCAGUCCGAAGAUUCCCUUGAAAUUCCAGGUCAGUACACUGGGAAGCAAAAGCCUCUUUUGGAAUACCAUGUGCGAAUUGCAGGAUUCGAUGAAAGAGUUCUUAGUAUGGAUUCGUUACGGGUCCCCAAGAGGAUAACAAUCAGGGGACAUGACGAAAAAGAAUACAAAUUUUUGGUGAAGGGAAAUGAGGACUUGCGUUUGGAUCAGAGAAUAGAACAGCUGUUUGACAUAAUGAAUGGAAUUCUGGCAGAUGACCCUGCCUGCAACUCAAGAUCAUUGAAACUCAAGACGUAUCAAGUUAUUCCACUAACGUCGAGAAUUGGAAUUAUUGAAUGGAUGGAAAAUACCGUUGCACUGAGAGAUCUCCUUUCGGGGACAGGUUCAGAUAGCAAACAAACUUUCAGUAAUGCAAGAACAAAAUACCAUGAGAUGAUUCGCCGCUUUUCGUCUGGGUCGAAAAUAAACGACUUAGCCACUCAGUACAUUAAUGCAUACAUGAAGCCAGUCCCUGAUAUUUCUAAAGAAUUUGAGAAGAUAGAAACGUUUCUUCCAUGGGAUCUUCUGAGGCGUGUAUUUGACCGUCUUUCGAUGUCCACCGAGGCCUUUUUCGUUCUACGGAAUCACUUUAUCCAAACGCACGCUUGUCUCUGCAUCUGCCAGUAUGUUCUUGGCAUCGGUGAUCGUCAUCUCAGUAAUCUCAUGGUAGAUACAACAACAGGUGGAAUUGUUGGGAUCGAUUUUGGCUAUUCGUUUGGUGUUUCAACUACGGUGCUUCCUAUUCCAGAACUGAUGCCAUUCCGGCUAACAAAACAGUUCAGAAACCUGCUAUUACCGCUGAAAGACCUCGGGCCAUAUAAGCUGCCGAUGACGUCAGUAAUGAGAGCAUUAAGAAGCAACUCCGAUAUUCUUCUCUGUACGAUGAAUAUAUUUGUUAACGAGCCACUAGUUGACUGGCAGGCUAAUGCUCGGAAACAAUCAAUCAGGAUGGAUGGUGCAGAUACUUCAGCCAAUUGGUAUCCAAAAGAAAAGAUAGAGAUAUGUAAACUGAAGCUUAUGGGAGUAAACAGUUGCUACAUUACAGGGGAAGAGUUGAGGCUUGGUAAAGGCAAGAAGCCAUAUUUCAAAAAAAUGCUGGAUAUUGCUUAUGGUAAUCCUAAGCGCAAUAUCAGGGCGAGAUUGCUGGAAGAGGCGGAUGAGGAGCCGACGAAGUUUAUUUUAACUACAGAGCAACAGGUUGCUUGUUUGAUCGACCAAGCCACCGACCCUAAUAUACUUGGAAAAACGUUUGUAGGUUGGGAGCCAUAUGUAUAGAAUGUUGACAUUUAACGCAUCAAAAGGACAUCAAAAUUGCAAAUGCCAUGCAAGUUCAUUACUACCACAAGAAAACUACGCUACUAGUAGAUUAGUUCGAAGAACUUCUUGCACAUAUCAUAUUCAUGGCAUCACUAUUAUAUAUGCCAGAACUAAAAAAUCCGUCUUCAAUAUUUCAGAACAUAAGUUCUUAAGCCAGCCCCAUGAACAGAAGCAUUAUUGAAUUAUUUUGGUAUAUCAAACAUGUUAGUGGUCAAUCACGGUGCCAGUAAGCCAUCGAAUUUCUGUCUAGGUAUUUCUUACUCUCGUUUAUAGGCAGGGUAAAACUUUUCAAAACGAACGAUAAAUUCAAUCUUUAUCUUAAAGCAAAAAACCUUCUGGGUUCUUGGUCUAGAACAACAACAACAAGUCAGAACCCGUCGACAUUACAAUUUCGAAUGGAUUUAACAAAUUUUGAAAUUCCACGAUCUGAAAGCAAUAAAACAAGGAACAAGGCUUUGGCUUCUGAUUCUUCAAUCAUUUAAUUGAAAUGUGGAAGAUGGCCUUUUGACGUCCAUUAUUUAAUAAAUCAAAUAGCUUAAAUACGAUACUGAGAAUUAGCACCUAACUCAUAAUUUUCUACGAUAGUGGAUUUUUUUCGCUUUCUCGUGCCUUGAUUGGAGAUCAUUCGACAUAGAUUACCUGCAGGGGCAAUUGAAAGGUACUUUUUCGACGUAAAUAACAAUUUCAUUGAAACAGAUGGUCUUAAUUACCCACUGUAUUGCUUCUGGCUUCAAAAACUGUUGAUUUUUGCACCAUCUCUUCAUAUUUUUUUAAAGCACAAAUAACUGAAUUUUUAAUUGACGAGAUAUUAUAGCAUCUGCAGGCCUCCACUUUUGCACCUGUUGUUGAUAUGUUUCUUUUUUCUUACUUUGUCAAUAUUUUUCUAGCUAUCUCAAUAUAUAUAUAAUUCUUUCCUUCAUGGUGCCAAAAUAAUUGUGUAAAGAAAUUUGAAUAGCUUGCGGAUUUGUAUGAUUUCUAAAAAAUAAAUCCAGUGAGUUGUCAAACAGAAAUAGCUUCAAAUUUCAGUUUGAUUCUACACAUCCAUGCCAAAGUACCUUCACUUUCCUAGUUUCAGCUGUGCUCUUUCGCCAACAGUUUGUUCCAAGUUUUCCGAAGCUCUGUUUCAAAUGCCUAGUUGGCGCAGUAUCUUGGUUUCGUAUCAGAAAUUUUUCUUCGGCUAUCGAGCAUUAAGCAAUGCUUCCGAGAUAUCCUAGUAUUUACUUUUUUUUAAUAAUCUUGAUAUACCUUCACAUUAAAGGUAAAACCGUGUGAAUUUAAAGUUAAUAAAUUUUGAUCUCUAAGCUAGUUUAGAUAAUAAAACCCCCUUUUGCAAUUAACAAUUCUCCUAGAAACGCAUUAUCCAUAAGAAGGUCUUUGCUGGGUAUGGGCUGUGAUGGUUUGGGUUCUUGGGAUUUUAAACAUGUAAGAUGCAUGAAAGGUACAGUAACUGCCGAGUGGGCUAGAAGCACUACCUGACUACGCACCUUCAAUAUUCCCAACAAGGACUACGGCAAAAUCAACGAGGAAAUGCCUGCCCUGCAGAUGGCCAGCUAACACUAUUGAGCCCCAGAUGUUGGAAAAGCUAUGUCAACGAUACUAGUUGGUGUUAGUUCUUUAUUCUCAGCAGAGGAUAAAUUGCUAUCAGUGCAUUCAGAUUAACCUCAACUAUAAGCCAAAAUGACAGUAGCCUUGAAUCAAUGUUAUUUUCCUUAAUAUGACAGCUUUAAUAUCUUCUUUUAUAACUCGGCCCAGAACAAGAGACUGGGAUGCUUGUUAGCGGUAACGAUAAGUGUAGGGUGUUGUACACUGAACAGAAUACUUUUUUGGCAUUCAUAUCAAGGAAUGUUUCCUAAAUGUACAUUGUUAUUUUUCUGGCAUAGGUUUUUGUUCACUAACGUAACUGUAAGUUUGUUUCCUUUUCCUUAAUCGUAUAAUAUCUGUUGGCAAGUUUAUAACAUUGAUACGUUGGUAUAGGCUAUGAUAACGUUGGUAUAGGCUAUGAUAAUGGUAAGGACUUUAGAGAUCUUUCGUCUGGGAUUAAUGGACAUUAGUGUGAGCAUUAGAAUGUUAAUCGUUGAGAAGUUCGGAUAGUAUUUUGAUGCUACGUAAUCUGUGGUAACGAGUCGAGAGACUAGUACCAUUUUGCCUCCGCAGAUAACACACUUGUUAUAUUUUCCGCUAGGUUAUAUUCUUAUCUUAGAAACAUACAAGAUCACACGCACGGUUGUUCUACCUGCUAUUGCUAGAGUACGUUCCAAAAGCCUUUUCAAAAUGAAGGAAUUUAUCAAAAACACAAAUCUUUCAGUUCUGGAGUUUUUGCAUACUGUAGUUACUGGAUCAUCGCGUGUAUAAAAGCCCUAUAGAGUUUAUAUCGACUAAACUGGAUUCGAUUUGACACUAUGCAGUAAGUUUCUUUUUAGUGAUCCGUGCAGCGAUAACAAAAUCGAGGUUCGGUGAAUUUCCUUCUUAAUUUUGAUUAUUGCAAUUUCUUCACGACCAGAAUUCAAAAUAUUUUCAAAAUCUACGCUGAACGAAACCAAAAGUGGCCUGCCAAUGGGACAGUAAUGAAGAGACAUUGGAAUGUAGGGGACUUCUCAGCACUUGGGGGAAGGC